AUGUCAUCUGCUUCGGGAAGUCCUGCUGGCUCGGGCCGUCUGAUGCCAGGCUCGGGAGGGUCCGGCCAAGGCUCGGGUUCUCUCGAGCCGACCUACAGCGGCGGGUUCAAUGAAUCGGGAGGAAGAAGCGGCGAGUACGACGAAUCGGGCGGAGGAUACGGAGCACCCGUUGGCUCAUCCUACGGCCAGUACCAGCAGUACCCUGCGCGCGGGGGAGCUCCGCAAGGGGGGGGCUGGGGCGGUGGCGGCGGAGGAAUGAACGCGCCAUACGGGGGAAUGAUGGGGGGAGGAGUGGCGCCGAGAGGCCAGUACGGCAGCAACGACUCGAGCCCGCAAGGCUCGGGACCCAUGCAGCCCUCCUACCAUCCCGCGUCCGGCGGCGGCGGAUCCGGCAGCCUGCAGUCGCGAUUCUCCAUGGACGGCGGGAGCAUGGACAGCUCUCCCGGCGGCGGAGGUCCCAAGGGCGGGAGUGAUAUCCAGCAAGCCGCGGCGCUGUCUGCGCUGGCGUGGUCGAAGCAGGCGGCGAACACGGCGGAGGGGCAGAAGCUCCAGUCGGACUACCUCGCGGAGUUCGACGCGUGGAAGCGCGCCAAUCAGGCGGCGACGUUUCAGCAGCAGCAGGACUUCAUGUCGGAUCUGCAGUCGCGCAUGAGCAAGGCGCGCGCGGCGCUCGCGGGGCUGCAGCUGGGGGAAGGCGGAGGGGCAGGAGGGGGAGGGUCGCCUGCGGGCGGUGGUGGAGGGGAGAUGGGGGGUGAUGGUGGCGGUGGGGGAGGGAUGCAGCAUGCGUACCCUGCGGCGAUUCCUGCUCCUGUUCCGGCUGCUUCGGACGUUUCUUCUGUUGGCGGUGGUGGCGGCGUUGAGAACGACUUACGGCGCGAGCUGGAGCUGAUGCGGCAGCGCGCGGCGGAGGCGGAGAAGGCGCGCCUGGAGGCGGAGCAGCGCGCGCAGCGCGCGCUCUCCGAAGCGGACCGCUCUCUUCGCGAGGUCGAGGCGCAGAACAAGCGGCGGGAGCUGGAAACGGCGGUGCGCAUCGAGAUGGCGUCGCAGGAGGCGGCGCGCGCCAUGGCGGCGGCGGAGGAGGCGCGGAAGCAGGCGGAGCUGGAGGCGCAGAAGACGGAGGUGGCGAUGAAGCAGGCGGCGAUGACUCGCGCGGCGCUGGAGCUGGAGGAGAAGCGGCGGCAGGAGGCGGAGAAGAAGGCGAAAUCGGAAAAGGGCAGCAUGCGCAUGAUGGCUAACUACCGCGAAUACUCUUAUGAUGACAUUGUGUUUGCAACGGAGAAUUUCAAGCCGGAUCGCAAGCUGGGCGAGGGCGGGUUCGGGACAGUGUUUUCCGGCACGCUGCACCACACGCCUGUCGCAGUGAAGGUGCUCAAGAACACGGACGCCAUGCAGGCCGCUCACGAGUUCCAACAAGAGGGGAGUGGAACGGUGUUCUCUGGCCCGCUGCGCUGCGCUGCACCACACCACACGCCCGUGGCGGUGAAGGUGCUCAAGAACACGGACGCCAUGCAGGCCGCUCACGAGUUCCAACAAGAGGGGAGUGGAACGGUGUUCUCUGGCCCGCUGCGCUGCGCUGCACCACACCACACGCCCGUGGCGGUGAAGGUGCUCAAGAACACGGACGCCAUGCAGGCCGCUCACGAGUUCCAACAAGAGGGGAGUGGAACGGUGUUCUCUGGCCCGCUGCGCUGCGCUGCACCACACCACACGCCCGUGGCGGUGAAGGUGCUCAAGAACACGGACGCCAUGCAGGCCGCUCACGAGUUCCAACAAGAGGGGAGUGGAACGGUGUUCUCUGGCCCGCUGCGCUGCGCUGCACCACACCACACGCCCGUGGCGGUGAAGGUGCUCAAGAACACGGACGCCAUGCAGGCCGCUCACGAGUUCCAACAAGAGGGGAGUGGAACGGUGUUCUCUGGCCCGCUGCGCUGCGCUGCACCACACCACACGCCCGUGGCGGUGAAGGUGCUCAAGAACACGGACGCCAUGCAGGCCGCUCACGAGUUCCAACAAGAGGUGAGAAUGUGCACAGGGGUUUGCCCCCCACCUUUCCUCUGUCCCCCUCCUUGCCUCUUCGUUUUCCUGUACCCCGCUCUCCCCUUUCCACCCAUCCACCCCCCACGCGCCAACCAGGUGGAGGUGAUGAGUCAGAUUCAGCACCCCCACGUGGUGAUGCUCCUCGGCUGCUGUCCCGACAGGUACUGCCUCGUCUACGAGUUCAUGGCCAACGGCUCCCUCGAGGACCACCUGCUCUGCGCCAACAACACCCCUCAUUCCUCACCCAUCUCUUCCCCAACCACUUCCUCCCUUUCCCCUGCCCCUUUCCUCCCCUCCGCCUCCUCUCCGCCUUCUCUCCUCCUCUCCGCCUUCUCUCCUCCUCUCCGCCCGCUCCCGCUCCCUCAAUUCCCCCUUCUCCCACAGGUCGAAGUGCUGAGUCAGAUUCAGCACCCACACGUAGUGAUGCUCCUCGGCUGCUGUCCCGACAGGUACUGCCUCGUCUACGAGUUCAUGGCCAACGGCUCUCUAGAGGACCGCCUGCUCUGCGCCAACAACUCGCCGCCCCUCCCCUGGUACAUCCGCAUGCGCGUCGCCGCCGAAAUCGCCUCAGCUCUCCUCAUCCUCCACACCCGCCCCGUGCCCAUCGUCCACCGCGACUUAAAGCCCGGCAACAUUCUUCUCGAUAAGAAUUUCGUCGCGAAGCUCGGAGACGUCGGGCUGGCAAAGCUCAUGCCGGGGCUCUCCAUGGAUCAAACCUACAUGCGGGAAUCCGUUCCGGUCGGCACCUUCGCGUACGUCGACCCGGAGUUCCAACGCACGGGCGAGUUCGGCCCGAAAUCCGACGUGUACGCGCUCGGGAUCGUGCUUCUCGAUCUGCUGACCGGGCGCAAACCCAACGUGUACGAGGGGCUAGAAGAAGCAGUGGACGACGGGGACGAGGAGGCCAUGAGGGAGUUUCUAGAUGAACGCGCUGGGAACUGGCCGCUGGAUAUAGUCAUGGAGGUGGCGAAAAUUGCGGUGAAGUGUUCUGAGAUGAGGAGGAAGAAGCGGCCGGAUCUGGAGACGCAUGUGAUGCCCGUGCUGGAUAGGGCGAGGGCGAGAGCGGUUCAGGCGGAGGAGGAGGCGAGGAAGACGCCGGCCAAGCGGUCGAUUGGGGAUGCGCCCAGCAGCCUGUUCUGCCCCAUCACUCAGGCAAGCUUGGCCCCCCUCUUUCUUUCCCACUUCUCCGUUUCUCCCCCUCCCGUGAGCCUGUAUUCGUGUGUUUGUGUUCUGUCCACCCUCUCGCCUGCUGCAUCCCAUUUUCUCCCUCGUACAGGAGAGAUGGUGGUGAAAACCAGGUGCCGGCGGCGGACAAGCACACGAAAUGAUGGUGAACCCGGUGAUGGCAGCGGACGGGCACAGGAAAUGAUGUUGAACCCGGUACAAGAAGCCUCCACUAGUACCUUGUCCACACUCUCACCCCCUCUUCCCCACCUUGGUACCCUCUUCCGCCCCCUCUCACCGCUCUCAACCGCACAGGAGAUGAUGGUGAACCCGGUGCUGGCUGCGGACGGGCACACGUACGAGAAGGAGGCGAUAGAGUCGUGGCUGGAGAGCAGCGACCGCUCGCCCAUGACCAACGAGCAGCUGCCCUCCAAGGACCUCGUGCCCAACCAUGCCGUGCGCGCCAUGAUCAAGGACUGGCGGGAACGCAACCUAUGA